GAUGGCGGAUCACAUCCCGCUGUAUCCGGUGCUCAGCGCCGCCGCCAACAGCAAGCGAGCGGCCUACUACAGCGCCGCACGGACCGGGCCCGGGGCCGAUCGGAACAACAGAUACCAGCUGGAAGAUGAAUCUGCCCAUUUGGACGAGAUGCCCCUGAUGAUGUCCGAAGAAGGCUUCGAAAACGACGAGAGCGAUUACCACACCCUGCCGAGGGCCAGGGUGACGCGGAGAAAAAGAGGUCUGGAGUGGUUCGUGUGCGGUGGCUGGAAAUUCCUCUGCACCAGUUGCUGUGACUGGCUCAUAAAUAUUUGCCGAAGAAAGAAAGAACUGAAAGCCCGUACCGUCUGGCUCGGAUGUCCUGAAAAAUGCGAAGAAAAAUACCCUAGAAAUGCUAUAAAAAAUCAAAAGUACAAUGUAUUUACCUUUAUACCCGGGGUUUUGUAUGAACAAUUCAAGUUUUUCUUGAAUCUCUAUUUCCUGGUUGUAUCCUGUUCCCAGUUUGUGCCGGCACUGAAAAUUGGCUAUCUCUACACCUACUGGGCUCCUCUGGGAUUUGUCUUGGCUGUCACUAUGGUGCGGGAAGCAGCUGAUGAGUUUCGGCGUUUCCAGCGAGACAAGGAAAUGAAUUCCCAGUUAUAUAGCAAGCUCACAAUACGAGGUAAAAUCCAAGUUAAGAGUUCAGACAUACAAGUUGGAGACCUCAUCAUAGUGGAAAAGAAUCAACGAAUUCCAUCUGACAUGGUGUUUCUCAGGACUUCAGAAAAAACAGGUUCAUGUUUUAUUCGAACUGACCAGCUAGAUGGGGAGACAGACUGGAAGCUAAAAGUUGCUGUGAGUUGCACACAGAGAUUGCCAGCUUUGGGGGACCUCUUUUCAAUCAGUGCAUAUGUGUAUGCUCAGAAGCCCCAGCUGGACAUCCACAGUUUUGAAGGUACCUUUACCAGGGAAGACAGCGACCCACCCAUCCAUGAAAGUCUCAGCAUAGAGAACACUCUUUGGGCCAGCACUGUCGUGGCGUCAGGAACUGUGAUAGGCGUUGUCAUUUACACAGGUAAAGAAACCAGAAGCGUAAUGAACACGUCCAAUCCCAAAAACAAGGUGGGUCUGCUGGACCUCGAGCUGAACCAGCUGACCAAAGCCCUGUUCCUGGCCCUGGUCGUCCUGUCCGUCGUUAUGGUAACCCUGCAGGGAUUUGUCGGUCCGUGGCACCGCAACCUCUUCCGUUUCCUCCUGCUGUUCUCCUACAUCAUCCCCAUCAGCUUACGGGUCAACUUGGACAUGGGCAAAGCGGCCUACGGGUGGAUGAUUAUGAAAGACGAAACGAUCCCUGGAACCGUCGUGCGGACCAGCACGAUCCCCGAGGAACUGGGUCGCCUGGUGUAUUUGCUAACCGAUAAAACAGGAACACUUACCCAGAAUGAGAUGGUAUUUAAGCGCCUCCAUUUAGGAACGGUGUCCUAUGGGACCGACACAAUGGACGAAAUUCAGAACCACAUCACAAAUUCCUACUCACAGGCACAGCCCAGCGGGAGCAGCACAGGUGCCACCCCUGCCCGCCGGGCCCAGACACCCGCCCCAAAAGUGCGCAGGAGCGUGAGCAGCCGCAUCCACGAGGCAGUGAAGGCCAUCGCCCUGUGCCACAACGUCACUCCCGUGUAUGAGUCCCGCGCCACCGCCACCGAGGCCGAGGGCGCCGAGGCGGACCAGGACUUCAGCGACGAAAACCGCACGUACCAGGCCUCCAGCCCCGACGAGGUGGCCCUGGUGCAGUGGACGGAGAGCGUGGGGCUCACGCUGGUGAGCAGAGAUCUGACCUCCAUGCAGCUGAAGACUCCUGGGGGACAAAUCCUGACUUACUACAUCCUGCAGAUUUUCCCCUUCACUUCGGAGAGCAAGCGCAUGGGGAUCAUUGUGCGGGACGAAUCCACUGCAGAAAUCGCGUUCUAUAUGAAAGGGGCAGACGUGGCCAUGUCCACCAUUGUACAGUACAAUGACUGGCUAGAAGAGGAGUGUGGCAACAUGGCUCGGGAAGGGCUGCGCACUCUGGUUGUUGCCAAGAAGUCAUUAACGGAAGAGCAGUACCAGGACUUUGAGAAUCGCUAUAACCAAGCCAAGCUAAGCAUCCACGACAGAACGCUCAAGGUGGCUGCAGUCGUAGAGAGCUUGGAAAGGGAAAUGGAGCUUCUGUGUCUCACUGGAGUCGAAGAUCAGCUCCAAGCGGACGUAAGGCCGACUCUAGAGAUGCUGAGAAAUGCUGGAAUCAAGAUCUGGAUGCUGACUGGAGAUAAGCUGGAGACGGCUACCUGCAUCGCCAAAAGUUCCCACUUGGUAUCCAGAACCCAGGAUAUUCACAUCUUCCGACCAGUGGCUAGUCGGGGAGAGGCCCACCUGGAGCUGAACGCGUUCAGACGGAAGCACGACUGUGCCCUGGUCAUUUCUGGCGACUCCCUGGAGGUUUGCCUGAAGUACUACGAGCAUGAAUUGGUGGAGCUGGCCUGCCAGUGUCCUGCUGUGGUCUGCUGUCGCUGCUCCCCGACGCAGAAAGCUCAUAUUGUCAAAUUGUUGCAGCAGCACACGGGCAAGCGCACCUGUGCAAUAGGGGAUGGCGGGAAUGAUGUCAGCAUGAUCCAAGCUGCAGACUGCGGAAUUGGGAUCGAGGGGAAGGAGGGAAAGCAGGCUUCUCUGGCCGCCGACUUCUCCAUCACCCAGUUCCAGCACAUGGGCCGGCUGCUCAUGGUUCACGGCCGCAACAGUUACAAAAGAUCGGCAGCGCUGGGCCAGUUUGUCAUGCACAGAGGUCUCAUUAUAUCCACGAUGCAGGCUGUGUUUUCUUCAGUCUUCUAUUUCGCAUCUGUUCCUUUAUACCAAGGCUUCCUAAUGGUUGGGUACGCCACCAUAUACACCAUGUUCCCUGUCUUCUCGCUCGUCUUGGAUCAGGAUGUGAAGCCGGAAAUGGCCAUGCUGUACCCAGAGCUCUACAAGGACUUGACCAAGGGAAGAUCCUUGUCUUUUAAAACCUUUCUCGUCUGGGUUUUAAUCAGUAUUUACCAAGGGGUGCUCUCUUUCAGGCGGCAUCAUCAUGUUCGGGGCCCUGCUGCUGUUCGAGUCCGAGUUUGUGCACGUGGUAGCCAUCUCCUUCACCGCGCUGAUCGCGACGGAGCUGCUGAUGGUGGCCCUGACGGUGCGCACGUGGCACUGGCUCAUGGUGCUGGCCGAAUUCCUCAGCCUGGGCUGCUACGUCACCUCCCUCGCCUUUCUAAACGGGUAUUUCGGGAUAGGCAGAGUGUCUUUUGGAACUUUCUUAGAUGUUGCCUUUAUCAUGACCGCGACCUUCCUGUGGAAAGUGUCGGCAAUCACCGUGGUCAGCUGCCUUCCCCUGUACGUCCUCAAGUACUUGAAACGCAAGCUUUCUCCCCCAAGCUACUCCAAGCUGAGCUCCUAGAGCGUGAGCCUCAGUGUCCCCGCGGCGUCCGGCCCCGCACGCCCGUCCCCCCACCACAGCGCGGACGGCGACGACCCCGUGGCCUCGGGACCUCAGGCUUCGGGACGGUCUGAGGAGAGGAAGUCACCGACUGUGGUGGCCGGAGCCUCCCAGUGAAGGCCUCUGAGGGCCGGGGGGCCGGAGUGGGGGCCGGGGGCGACCACCUGCCGCAGAUGACUCCAGAGAAAAGAACAAUCCUUUCCUCGCUCCCGUGCUCCGGUGGGUGGUUUUUCCCCUCUUUCAGUCACUCCGCUUCUAUCUGCGGCCCGACUUCCCCCUUCCACUGGUCUCCCUUCUGCCAAGAGAUGUCUUUCCCACUGCUCUGUCCCGCAAACCUGAAUGGAAGUUUGUUUCGUGCACCGUGACAAUUUCCCAAGCGAGUCAAACCCCUUCCUUGAUGCUGGUGGAGAGAAACCCUUAAUCCCCACGUUCAGCGUACUAAAGUGCAAAAGGUCAAAAUGCCAGCGUCUCUAUCUGCUACCGCCGUCUCUCUCGUCCAGUCCUCUCCGAUCGAACGGGGAUGAAUGUGCCCAGCUCUCUGCCGAGCAGCACGCGUGGCUCGCUGUCUUCCCCCUGGGAUGGUUGACCCGCAGAGGGCAUGAGCUUGGUCACUGCCCGGGCCGUUCUUUCAACGCACCGCGUAGCCAAGUUGCACCAAGCCUGCAGUGUUUCCGAACAUGACACGGCCGAACCUCUCACGUGUAGAGCCCUUCAGAGCUGUCGGUGCGGCGCGGUGUCAGAAGUGCUUCUCCGACCGGUAUUUUUCAAGCCACUCCCAGGCCAGCGCAAAGUCCAGCGUCUCUUCCCACCGUAGAGCUGCCCGCCAGGCUUUGCACGGGCUGAUUCAUUCCGUCACCUUGUAAUCCAUCCCCCAGGCCACUCAGAUUUGGGAACGGCAGACACGCAACCGUUAUUUUGGCAGGAAACGUCUUCACCUUCCAAGCCGGAGAGAGACGUGGCCGGGCGAUGGGCAGCUCGGCGCCGGCUGCCAAAACUUCCUUUGCAGACUGGGA